AUGUUGGCCACAUCGAUCUUUCUCGUCGGUCUGCUGUACAGCAAACCACUGGCAGCAGUGCCCGUCAUAGUUCUAGUGGCCCUCGUAUACUGGCUGUUAAGAUACAAUUACAAAUUUUGGAAAAUCAACAACGUCCCACAUCCGAAGCCGUCACUGCUAACCGGAAAUGUGGGUGCUACGUUUCUGCUCCGGAAGCAUAUCUCUCAGCUCGCCAGCGAUUGGUACAAUGCGUUUCCCGAUGCGACAUUUGUUGGGUACUUCAACGCCCUAACACCAGCCAUAAUGGUAAAGGAUCCGGUGUUGGUGAAAAACAUUCUGACCCGAGACUUUGACUGUUUUGCGAAGAAUGGUUUCACGGUGGACGGGCGUUACGAUCCGCUGCUGGCACAUCAUCCCUUUAUGGCCGCCGGUGAACAGUGGAAACGCUCGCGAACCUUACUGACGCCAUCAUUUACCGGCGCUAAAAUGAAGCAGCUGUUCCCGAUUAUGGAUUCGGUGGCUGAUGAGUUCGUUUCGUUUGUCAAGCGCAACCUUGGGAAGGAGCUGGAGGCGAAGCAGGUUUCAGCACGCUUCACGACACAAAACGUGGUAGCUUGUACGUUUGGUGUGGACGGCGGGUGUUUCAAUGACACCGAUAGUGAGUUCAGAUUAAUGGGCCGACGUGCGUUCGAUGUGUCUCAUUCGAGUUCCUUUAAAAUUGUGCUUCAAAUUUUUGUUCCGGCCAUUGCGAAGCUGCUACCCAUACCAUUUCUAAGUAAGGAUGUUGACGAAUGGAUAAGGUGUUUCGUGGCCGGUUUAAUGAGCAAACGAAUGAAUGCCCAGUCCGUAACGCCGCAGAAGGAUGAUCUGCUGACAUCGUUGCUGAGUAACAUUAACAAGCAUAAUGCAUCGCAAACUGAAGUUACAGCUAAUGCGCUGACGAUUUUUGUGGAAGGGUUCGAAUCAUCUAGCGGGGUUCUUGGAUUUGCCUUGUACAGGUUGGCUAAAAGUCCAGAGGUACAGCAGAAACUAUUCGACGAAGUGAGUAAGGUAUUGGCCGCACACGAUGGACAGCUUAGCUAUGAUGUGAUGCAGCAGAUGGAUUACUUGGACUGGGUGGUCAUGGAAACGCUCCGGAUGCAUCCACCAGCGGCAACAAUGCACAAGACGUCCACCAAGAAGUACAUCAUGCGUCGAGGACACCGGGAUCAGGUUGGCCAUGAUUUGGGAGUAUAUGUCCGUGAAGGUACACCCAUCCUGAUACCAGUAUUGGCGCUCCAUAUGGAUGCCAAAUACUUCCCAGAGCCGCAAAAAUUCGACCCAGAGCGUUUCAGUCCGGAAAGGAAGGCGACGCACGAGGGCACCGUGUAUUUACCGUUCGGUGAAGGACCGAGGAUCUGUGUUGGAAUGAAGUUUGGUCAGACUCAAGUGAAACUGGGUUUGCUGAAGCUCAUUUUGCAGUACCGUGUGUCGAUCGGGCCUAAUCAUAAGCCGUUAUGCGUUGAUCCACGGUCGCUUUUAUACCAGGCGAAAUAUGGUUUGCUUCUCACCUUUGAAAAACGCUAA